AUGACUGCCGCAAAGCGCCUCCUCAUCGCCAACCGUGGCGAGAUUGCAUGUCGUAUCUUGCGCACGGCACGAAAGAUUGGAUACUUCAUCGUUGCCAUUUACACCAGCGAAGAUUCCGCAAGUCCUCACGUGUCUGAAGCAGAUGCGGCGGCCCUGGUUUCAUCAUACAUCUCCAUCAAGGAAAUCACGGCUGUCAUCGAAUCCUUCAAGAUACAAUACGUCAUUCCAGGCUACGGCUUCUUAUCGGAGAACGCAGAGUUUGCCUCCCAUGUCGAACAGCACGGCGCUCGCUUCGUGGGGCCUUCUGACGAGCAUAUCCGUGCAUUCGGCCUCAAGGACCAGGCAAGGAUUCUGGCCGCAAAAGCUGGGGUGCCGAUUGUCCCAGGAUCGGAUCUUGUCGAGUCGAUCGAAGAGGCCGAGGCCGAAGCAGACAGAAUUGGGUACCCGCUAACUACCUACCGCGGCCAGAUCAUGAUGAAAGCAACGGCCGGGGGUGGAGGCAUGGGUUUGCAAAUUUGCCACGACCGCUUGCAGCUACAGUCCGCCUACGACGCAGUGGUCAGCAGAGGGCAGACCCUGUUUUCCAACGCCGGCGUAUUUCUCGAGAGAUACUUCCCAGUCUCCAGACACAUCGAAGCCCAGGUGUUUGGCGACGGCCGAGGCGACUGCGUCGUCUUUGGUGAACGAGAGUGCUCGAUUCAGAGAAGACACCAGAAGGUCAUCGAGGAGUCGCCGAGCCCUUUUGUCGAUGGCAAGCCAGGCCUGAGGGAGAGGUUGCUCAAGACUGCCCACUCGUUAGCGUGCAAUGUCAAGUACCGUUCGGCCGGUACAGUCGAGUACCUGGUAGACGACGCCACUGGAGAUUUCUUUUUCCUCGAGAUGAACACCAGGCUUCAGGUCGAGCACGGCGUCACCGAGCUUCGGUUCGACAUUGACCUGGUCAAGAUGAUGCUCAGGCAGGCCGAAGCUCCACUCGACCUGUCUCUGUACCGCGAUAUCAGACCUCAUGGCGCCGCUAUUGAGGCCAGAUUGUAUUCCGAGAACCCCAUCAAGAAUUUUACUCCCUCUCCAGGCUUGCUUCAGCAAGUGAGAUUUCCCGAUGGGGAUAAUAUCAGAGUCGAUACAUGGGUCAUGUCUGGGACAAAGGUAUCGCCGCUAUAUGAUCCGCUUCUCGCCAAGGUCAUGUCCUACGGUGCCGAAAGGUCCUCGGCAGCCGAUGUCCUUACUAAAGCACUUGAGAAGACCCAAUUGCAGGGAGUCGCUAGCAAUCUUCUCUAUUGCAAGGCCAUCUUGGACUCGGACGGCUCUUACACCACUAUUCAAGAUUACCCAGCGAGAAAGGGUGUUGGGUUCGGUAUUCCGCCCUCGGGCCCCGCCGAUUCUCUCCAUGCCAGACUGGCGAAUCUUAUUGUCGGCAAUGAGGAGGGCACUGAAAUGCUAGAGCUUGUGUUCAAUGGGCCCACUAUCAAAUUCCACGAUGCGGCCGUGGUCGCUAUAGCCGGUGCUGACAUUGAGAUUUCACUCGAUCAGAAGGCACAACCUAUGUGGACCAGGCUACAGGUCCCAUCAGGUUCAGUCUUGAAGCUUGGUGGCGUCACCUCUGGAGCAUGUUCAUAUCUCGCCAUCAAGGGCGGAUUUCCCGGCAUUGCUCCACGACUGGGCUCCAAAUCAACGAGCCCUGUCAUCGGGAUGGGUGGGCAGAACGGCCGACCGCUGGCGAUUGGUGACUUUAUCGACAUUGUGGCCUCAACCAAGCUGUCACGCUUCGUUCCAUUCCAGCUUCCUCGCUACCUUGUACCGCAAUACGACAUGUCUGUUCUUUAUUGCCUCCGAGGUCCCCACGGGUCCGCAGACAUAAUCACCGAGAAUGACUGGAGGACUAUCACGUCAAGCGAAUGGACUGUGUCGCAUCAAUCUUCCCGUGUCGGCAUCCGCCUCAUUGGCCCAAAGCUGGAGUGGUCCAGGACGUCUGGUGGUCAAGGUGGCUCCCAUCCGUCCAACACGGUCGACUACCCUUACCCGGUUGGCGGCGUCAUCUGGACCGGAGACGAGGCCGCCAUCCUCCCCGCCGAUUGCCCUUCCCUUGGCGGCUUUGUAACGUCUCACGUUGUACCAAAGGGAGAGAUAUUCAAGCUUGGACAGCUCAAGCCAGGGAGCAAGUUUUGCUUUGUCGAGGUUGACUAUCAACAGGCCGUUGAGCUCGACAAGUGUCAAGAGGCCCUAUUACAGCACGUUGCUAAAGUUUCUCGCUCAGAAUCGGUACAGGGGAUGCCAGUGACCGAUCUUUCUCUGACGGAAAGUACCAGCAGUGGCUCCACAACAGGGAUUCUGGCACGUUUUCAAGAUGCCACUAUUCGCCAGGGAGGUGACCAGUUCCUCUUGGUGGACUACCCCCAGACCCUCGAUCUCGGUGUACGGUGCAAGGUCCAGGCACUAGUCGAAGUGGUGAGCGCUGCCCAGGUGCCGGGUAUUGUUUUGGUACAACCCAUGGGAUGUGCCUGGCUGGUGCAGUACGACAGCCUCGUCAUCCCACAAGCGGAACUGGUCCAGCGACUUCUACGGUUCCUGCAGUUCAACGACAGCGGAAAGCGACUGCUACCCAGCCGUGUUAUUCGGCUGCCCAUGGUCUUUGAUGACCGGGCCAAUCGGGAAGCGAUUGAAAAGUACAUCAAACUACAGCGGCCGUAUGCUUCGUAUCUCCCAGACCCCAUCGAGUUCAUUGCCAAGGCCAACGGCCUCGAGUCCCGAGAUGAUGUCUUGCGCAUCGUCCUGGAGACCCGAUUCCUGGUAGUUGGCGUCGGCUUCUUCAGCGGCACACCCUUGGCAGUCCCGCUAGACCCUCGCUCGCAGCUUACAGUACCCAAGUUCAACCCCUCGCGUACCUCAUCACCGGCCGGCGGCUUGGGAUUUGGCGGCUCGUACCUGUGCUGCGACCCAGUUGACGCGCCCGGCGGUUAUGUCAACUUUGCCAGAACCAUUCCGGGCUGGGACCAGUUCUGCCGGAACAGGGCCAGCUUCGGCGAUCAACCUUGGAUCUUCCGCAACUUCGACCAGCUGUCCUUCUACCAAGUCACCGAAGACGAGUUCGAUGACAUGUACGCCAAGUUUCAGGCUGGGCAGUUCGUUUUCGACAUCCAAGAAGCCACCUUCGAUAUCGAGGAAUACCAGAAGUUCUGCCUGGAUAUCAAUGACGAGGUUGCAAUUUUCAAGUCUAAGCAGCAUGAGGCCAGUGAACGCGAGGCGAACAGAGAAAAGGAACUGGUCAGACAAUGGGAAGAAGAACAGCUGGCAAGACGUCAGAAUCAGUUAGCCUCGCAAGAUGAGGAAGAGCAGGGCGACUCAGCAGCUAAACAGGUGGAGUCUCCGAUGCAUGCAAGCGUGUACAAGGUCCUCGUUGAGAAGGGCCAGAUUCUUGUUGAGGGUGAGACAUUGCUCAUUCUGGAGGCGAUGAAGAUGGAGGUCAAGAUUUGCACUCCGCCAGGCUAUGAGGGUCUCAAGGUCAAUGCAGCCACCGUUCUGCCUGGCGAUAUUGUUGCGCCUGGAGAUUGUCUAGUCCUUGCCUAUUAG